UAAGAAACUUCACUGGGAGGAGCAGUACAAAGGGCACACCACUGCCACACCCCAGGGGAUUGAUCACCUCUGCAAUUUUUAAUUGAUUUUAGCUUUCAUGUUAACCUGCGUGAGCUGAGUCUACAGAGGAAAUGCCCCAGCCUCGUUUGCCAAAUGCGGAAGGACCCAGAGCACCGGCGCUGCCCUCGCCAGGGACCAGUCACUAUUAAACAAGUCAGGCAAGAGGCGGCUGCAGUGGGACUGCCCAGAUGGCAACCUACGUGCAGCUGAACACCACAGCCAAGAUGCCCCUCAUGGGGCUGGGCACCUGGAAGUCCCCAGCUGGGCAAGUAACAGCUGCAGUGAUGGCUGCCAUCGAUGCUGGGUACCGCCACUUUGACUGUGCCUACGUGUACCAGAAUGAGAAGGAAGUUGGGGAAGGGAUCCAGCAGAAAAUCAAGGAAGGCGUUGUGAAACGAGAAGACCUCUUCAUCGUCAGUAAGCUGUGGUGCACAUUUUAUGAAAAGCCUCUGGUGAAGGGAGCCUGCCAGAAGACUCUUGCUGACCUGAAACUGGAUUACCUGGAUCUCUACCUCAUCCACUGGCCGAUUGGUUUCAAGGCAGGAGACGAGCUGUUUCCCAAAGAUGAGAAAGGUAUGGCUAUACCGAGCAACGCUGAUAUUCUACAGACAUGGGAGGCCAUGGAAGAGCUGGUGGAUGCUGGUCUGGUAAAAGCCAUUGGAAUCUCCAACUUCAACCAUGAGCAGAUUGAAAGACUCCUGAACAAACCAGGACUGAAGUACAAGCCUGCAAAUAACCAGAUUGAAUGUCAUCCAUACCUUACCCAGGAGAAGCUGAUCAAGUACUGUCAAUCCAAAGGGAUUGCUGUGACAGCGUACAGUCCCCUUGGCUCUCCUGACAGGCCAUGGGCUAAGCCUGAGGAUCCUUCCCUUCUGGAUGACCCCAAGAUCAAAGAGAUUGCAGCCAAGCACAACAAAACCCCAGCACAGGUUCUCCUUCGCUUCCAGAUCCAGAGAAAUGUGAUUGUGAUCCCCAAGUCUGUCACACCACUGCGCAUUGCAGAGAACUUCAAGGUCUUUGACUUUGAAUUGACUAAAGAGGAGAUGGCAACCAUUCUCAGCUUUAACAGAAACUGGAGGAUCUGUACAAUGAGCAUGUCCAAAGUUCACAAGGACUACCCUUUCCAUGCAGAAUACUGAAGAUGCUUGUAACACAGCCUUCACUAGACCUCUGGUGUCUCAUGUGCCUCUGCUCUAACUUUGAGCUGUCUAGUUAGCUAGUUUUCCUACUGCACAUGCCCUGCUUCUGACAGCGCAGACACGGGAUGUUUAUCCCAUUAAAUUUGCUUGAAUUCUUUUUUUUUUUUGAAGAAGGAAAAGAGUAUUUUCUACAAAAGUAAAUACGGGAUGUGAUAAUUUUCUCCUUAUUAGAAGAGAGGAUUACUACUGAAGAGCCUAGGCAGAGCUGCUAUGCAGAAAACAAGGAGCGUUUACACCACCAUUCAGUGAUUGCCUUCAGUCUUGCAUCAGCAGAAACCAUACGUUGACAAACCACAAAAAAAAAAAACAAAAAACCACAAUUUCAUCAGAAGUGU